AUGAGCGAGGGGGCAGGCACCCCGUUUGGGUUUGAUGCUAAGCAUGCAUAUGCCCGUGAUGCGUUCCCAGCUGGCGUGGGCGGUAUCGCCUCGGAGCCUGAUGCGGCUAGGAGCGCAGCGAUCGAUCCUGAAACGGGUCUGUCGCUAUGGAGCGCCACGCGUCUCGCUACGCUCCAGGCCAAGCUGAACCAGCGACUUGGCCCAGAAUACCUGAGUCAACGACCUGGCCCUGGUGGUGGCUCCAAACUGACGUACAUUGAGGGAUGGAAAGCGGUGGACUUGGCGAACGAGAUCUUUGGGUUCAAUGGAUGGUCCACCAGUGUCACGAGUUUGGACGUGGACUAUGUACGUGUGACGAGCGCUGACUCGCAGCUGGAUAUACACCCUGAGACAGGCAAAUGCAAUUGUGGCGUGAGUGCCAUUGUGAGGAUUACAUUACGUGAUGGGACAUACCAUGAGGAUGUGGGGUACGGCCACACGGAAGGCAUCCGCGGCAAGCAUGCCGCGCUGGAGAAAUGCAAGAAGGAGGCGAUCACUGACUCGAUCAAGCGUGGCUUGAAAACGUUUGGACGGUUGCUGGGAAAUUGUCUGUAUGACCGACAAUACGCACGCGAUGUGCUAAAAAUGCCUGUGCCAUCGAUGCCACUGCAGGCGAGUGAUCUGCAUCGACAUGCGGAUGUCCAAGGCAUGAAACGCCCUGCUCCAUCUGCAGCGGACGACGAAGCAAAGAAACAAGCGAGGCUCCGGCAAGCCGCUGCUGCGAAGCAAGCUGCGGCUGAGCGUGCCUCGGCCAGGCGAGAGGCGACCACAGCGCCUACCGCAUCAAAAGCCGCGCCAAUCAAGGCGGAGCCCUUGGUGACGACGGCGAAACCAGGCUCUGACUUGGAUGAAGAGGCCCUUUGGUGCCAGGACGAUGCCGAGGCGGCUACGAUGGCCCUGGAGCUGGAACUCGAAGAAGAUAUGCUGCUACGGCAAUCACAACUGGUUCAAGAACUGGAAGAGGAGGUAUAA